AUGCCGAGCGGCGAUAAGGGCCGGGGGACCAUAGAGCUCCCCGUCCCGGAGUCGCCCGUAUGGCUGCCCUCCAUUGCGCAAGGGAGGACACCCUCCCGGAAUGGCAGCAGCGCAGGCGGCUUCACGCUUCCGAAGACGCGCACCAUCCCCGUUCCCAGCACGCUCAAAAGCACUGCGGACCUGUUCAGCAUCGGAACUUUACCGAAUAUGCCUCAGCUCGAAAUAGGGACGGCAAAAAGGAAGUCCGCUGUUCCCAAGCUACCUUCCAUCGAGAAGCGGACCCCCCCUUCGGAACGCUCCUCGCAAAACGACCUCCACCACUACUAUAACUCCCAGCAGCAACUGCAGCAGUCGUCCAGGAGGCAGCCGCUGUCGGAGCCCUCGACCG